AUGUACAUUUAAGCAUAUAAACUUGUAGACGUUUCAUCUUUUUUGCGGAUGGAUAUAUUUGACUGACCGUAGCUCGUGUUAGUGUGCGUCGCCGCUGUGUUUGAAUAGAGUAACGUUAACUUGGAGCAGCAGGAACGAUCUGACGAUAAACCUCAUGUUGGAUUAAUGUGUUUUUAUCAAUAAAGCCACGAUUGACGUCGAUGGAAUAUUUUUUAUUGUGUUAAUACGCGGAAACUCAGGUAAGUUGUUUUAAAAUGCCUUUGCUGGGGAAGAUAGUGGUGAUCAAGAGAAAUGGAGAAGACGGCACUGAAUUUCCACUCACAGCGUCAUGCCUUUUCGGGAGGAAGCUGAACUGUGAUAUUCGGAUUCAACUGCCACAGGUCUCCAAAGAGCAUUGUAGAAUUGAGCUGAAUGAGAAUAAGGAGCUCAUUUUGACAAAUUUGAGCUCCGUGAACCCCACACUUAUCAACGGAGAAGCACUGCAGCAGAUUGAACGUUUGAAGCAUGGUGAUCUCAUCACAAUCAUUGAUCGUUCUUUCAGGUUCGAGUACCCGCCUCCAAAGACGCCGAAGAAAAAGAGGCUAUCCACAACUGGACAAGACAAAACACCUCAGCUGGAGAAAAGCACACCAGUACCUGUGGAGAAAAUGAAGUUAGAGCAUUUGUUUGACACCUGUUUAAAGGAUGGGUCCAAUUUGCCUCAAUCAUUGGAGCAGACUGUUGAGACUGCAGCAGAUGAGAAACCUAAGAAGGACAGCAUGUCUCCAUUCGGUGAGCUUUACCAAAUGGUCAAACAGGACCUGGCUGCUAAAUCGCCAUGGAAGUCCGGGCUAGCCAAGACACCUCUCGCAAGACCUCAGGUUGACCAAGUUCCUACAUCAGAUGUUAAAAACAGUCCUAAACCAGUCACAACGCCAUCUACCAAGAGACGAAUAUCCUCAAAAGGCAAUUUUGAAGACCAGACUGGAGUAGAUGUUCCUCAGAGCUCAACAAACGCCAAACCGGAGGGAGAACCUGCUGAUAUGCCAUCAGUGGAGUCCAGCACCCCAUUAGUGUUGGAGAAAAGCGGAACCCCUGUCUCACAGAAAAAGAGAACGCCCUCAAAAACACCUGAUACGGUCAGCGCUGGCGAGGUGGUCCAGCAGAUUCUUCUAGAGCCACAACCUGAAGAGAAAACACCCAGAUCCCCAAAGAGGAGGAGAAGUGUUGCGUCUCAGGAUCAAAGCCUUGCCCUCCAAGUAUCUUCCAGCCAGCCUCAGACACCAGGACCAGAGGAGAAGAACACCGAUGUAAAAAUGUCACCAAGAACGUCCCCGAGAACAAAUGCUGGCAAAAGGUUUCAAGUCCAAGAUGUUCUGUCUGAGAUUAAGGCGGACACAACGACAAUGCACACUGAUGUAGCCGUUCGAAAAUCCAAGAAAAAGCGUGUAUCAUUUGGAGGUCAGUUGAGUCCAGAGCUGUUCGACAAAUGUAUGCCCCCUAAUUCCCCUCUUCACCGUGGAGCGACCCCAAGACGAAGUCUUGGACCUUCUCAAAAGCCACAGUCUCUCCUGCGAAGAGCAUCCACCAUUGGUCUUGUGGCUCUCCGACUUGAGGAAACUGUUACGGAGCGUGCUAAGGCGCAAAGUAGUCCUGCAAAAAAAGCUUCACCUAAACGUGCAGCGUCUGCCACAAAGACUCCAUCACCUGCCAAGAGGUCACCGAGGGCUAAAACUCCAUCACAUAAACCUCAGAAGUCUCUUUCAGGUGCAGCCAAGGCCUCCUCGCCAUCCUCCACCACUGCUACACCCAAAACUCCUGCAUCUUCUAGGAGAGCUUCCUCCUCAUCGAUUGAGGCAGUGGGUAACGGUUCUGCCAUUGUGACUCCGAGGGUGCAAGGACGAUUUUCAGUUUCCCGCAUCAGCACACCUUCACCUGUCCAGGAUCAGAUGGAUGAAGGGAAAGUGGAGCCGAGCACUGUUGAAAACAUGCCUCAGGUCUCAGGAACACCAAAAAUCCCACUACGGAGGACAAGCAUGAAAUCUGCACGAAAAACACCUAAGAGUGCCAUGAAGAGUGCACUUGAUGUUAUGCGUUCAAGGCACAGUGGAGCAUCACGUGCUAAUCUGAAAGUGUUAAACUCUUGGGCUGAUAUUGUGAAGUUUGGUCAGGCCAAACCUCAAACGGAUGUUACAACCAAGAAAACUACAAAGAGCAUCGUGGUCAAGAGAACCGUAGUUCCAAAGCCCAAGACCCCUGCGCGGAGGCUGAAGGAAUAUGUCAGCACUGGGCACGCCAUGUCUCCAGUCACCCUUGUUGUUGGCAAAGCUUAUUUAAGGACUAACCAGUCUGUUGGUACGGCCCCUAAAAUUGUGUCUAACAUAGCAGUGCUCAAGAAGGACAUGAAAAUGGAUGAGGAUCUGACAGGUAUUGCAGACAUAUUUAAGACUCCAGCUAACAAGUCCAAAAAUAUGGCUGGCAUGAACAGCGCAUGUCCCGAGACCCCUCUGGAUGAGUUUUCUGUCAUGAAAACACCAGAAGAAUCAGGUGAAAUGAUGGUAUCUCCAAUGAGCGUGGUGUCCACUGCCAAGUGUGAAAACUACAAAAACGAAGCAGUGACACGGCUACUUCUGGAUAACAAAGAGGAUAGUUUAUUGAAUGAGUACGGUCUUUUACAACCAGCUGACAAUUCAAAUGACACACGAGAAUCUGUGGAGAUGGCUGAGAGUGAUCAGACAGAGGAAGAGGAGAGUGUUCCCGAAGCGGCGGUCAAAACUCCCAAACAGGCCGCAGCACCGUCCUUGUGCCUCACUGGAGUCAAGCGCCUCAUGAAGACCCCCAGACAGAGGGCUGAACCAAUUGAGGACCUACGAGGAAAGCUGCUCAAGACCCCCAAAGCCCCUAAACAUCCUCAGGAAGAAAGUCUGGAAGGUGUGAAGGAACUCCUGAAGACUCCCAAGCAGGUAGGAGUUCCGGUAGAAGACAUGGUUGGAGUAAAAAAAAGACUGACGCAGACAUCUAAAGAGAAGAACAACCCAGUGCUUUGUGUGGCUGGUCUUCAAAGGGUCCUGAAAACACCUAAGGAAAACGAAGACCUCACUGGUGUGGAAGAACUCAUGAAAACACCAAAAGUAAUGGAAAAGCCUUUGGAGGAAGAAGAGAACCUGACUGGCCUUACACAGCUGAUGAAGACUCCAAAGCACAAAGGAGAACCAGUGGAAAAUCAUCUGGGUUUAAAGAGACUGAUGCAGACCCCCAAAGAGAAGAUUGAGCCUUUGGAGGACCUCACUGGCGUGAAGCAGUUAAUGAAGACUCCCAAGCACAAAGGUGAACCUGUCAGGAAUCAGUUUGGAAUCUGUAAACUAAUGAAGACCCCGAGACAGAAUGGAGCGGCAGCUGAGGAGGACUUUACUGGCCUUAAGGAAAUUGUCGAGGAGCCAAAGAGCAGUUCUACACAGAAUAAUGUGACUGGGUCUUUUGAGACACUAGAGCCUGUGCCAGCAGUGAAGAAUGACGCUGCUUCCAUGCCCACUAAAGAUGUUGAUAUGGAAUGCGACAAAGAAAAUGUUUGCCCAACUGAACCCAUGGAGACCGAAGUUUUCAAAUCUGUGGAUCUGCUGUGCACCGCCGAAGCAUUUGAUUCACAACUGAAGACUGAAGCUGUAGUCCCUCAGGAAGAACACUGUGACCAGACUGAAGAGGAGCCUGUUUCAGUUCAAGAUACUGCUGUUUGUUCUUCUGAGGUCGAUGAGAAGACAAAAGAGCAGUCUGAAGAAACUACCUCUGACAACAGUGGUGUAACUGCUGAAUCUACUCCACCUGCAUGCACUGCUGAGCAAGAAGUAGAGGAGGCAAUAAAACCUUCACUGGCCAGCAAACCCCACCGAGGCGGUCGAGGAAGAGCAGCUGUGUUGUCAAUAGAGGAAAGUGCACCACCUCCUCCAAGCCCUUGCAGAGGAAGGAGAGGAAAGAAGCUCAUUGAUGUCCCAGAGGUUGCUGCAAGCCCAGUAAGAAAAUCAGCCCGUGGAAGAGUCUCCAAGCCCGGCUUCAAGGUCAAAGACGUAAAGAAUACAGAGGAUGUCCAGGCACCUGUGCACUCCAUGAAAACAGAGGUAUCAGACAGCCAACCUGAAGUUACCAAGACCAAGAAAGGAAGAAAAGCUCAAAAAGAUUAUGCUGCAAUUGAGCCUGUGGAAGAUGCAAGUGCUGUGGGUGUGCAGUGUUCUGAUCUACCAGUUGGUAAAGAAGAACUGGUCCAAGCCACUGUUCCUAAAGCUGGCAGAAGGAGGAUGAAUAAUAAAAUGGAAAGCCAACCUUCAGAAGAACCUCAACAAAUAACUGAAACUGUUUCUGAAGAAAACGCUGUUACAACAGAGAGUGUCAGUCUGCAGUCCUCAGAAGUUGCUGAGGUUCCCGUCACUGCAACAAGAGCCCGAAGAGGAAGGCCACCAAAGAAGGGAAACGUGAAAACUGAACCCACUCCUUCGCUGGAAAGUGAUGUAGUUGCUGAAAAGCCACUGGCAAAGUCAGGGCGAGGUAGAACAUCUAAAAAAGAAACCAUCAAGGACCAUAUUUUGGAUGAUGAACCUAAGGUUGAGGCUGCGGUUGACAGUCAAGAUGAACCUGAAGCCCCGGUGGUGAAGUCUGGCAGAGGACGACGGCCCAAACAGCAGAAACCAGAGAUGGCUGAAGACGUUGAUAACCAGUCUGUUGCAGAUGCCAGCACACAUGCGACUGUGACUGGAGAACACCCUGAAAUAGAGGUGAAGUCUGUCAGAAAAGGAAGACGAGCAAAACAAAUCUCAAAGGAGAUUCCGGUUGAGGCUGAAGAGACCGUUGUCAGUGUGGCAGAACAAGCAAAGGUCGCUGUUGUAAAAUCGACCCGUAAAAGGCAGAUUGCAAAGGAAGCUGAAACCGUGGCAGACGUUCCUGUAAAAAGAGGCCGGCGUGCUGCUGUGGAUCCCACACCUCCUGUUGCCGUAGUGUCCGGCCGCAGCCGCAAAGCUGCCGUCAACGCAGAGCCGGAGGUUACGGAGGACGUGGCUUCAUCUGAAGAGCAAGUUAAGUCCAUUAAACAGACCAGACGAACAGCAAUAGUGCCUGAAUCGAAGAAAAAUGCAACAGAGGUUAGUUCUGAAAGUGUUGCUGAUGAGAAUACUUUACCGGACAAGGUGGGCAGAGGAAUUCGUGGCAAAAAAGGAAAGUGUUCGACUAAGGACACAGCUAAAACCCAGAUGAACGUUUCGGAGACACCUGAGGAACACACCGUAACGAAAAGCUCAAAAACUGUGAACUGGAGCCCAGCUUUGGUGACCUCUAAAGAAAUUGAAGACUUUGAACCUUCUACAGAUGUCAAAGAAGCACCGCUGAAGAAAUCCAAGAAGUUGGAUAAAUCAUCUGCUAAGACGAUGUGCAAAGAAAGCGAUCAGUCGACUGAUCAGCCACUCAGAGGCCGCAGAGGUAGAGGAGCAAAAAAAGAGGAAGCCUCUGUUGAAGACUGUCCUGAAGAGCCUCAGAUGAAGGCCAAGCCUUUGAGAAGAGGAAAAGCAGCGGCUUCAGCAGCACCUAAACCAGAACCCAAUGACAUCAAGGCAUCAACUCUACUGAAGAGGAAACGUAACGAGCCGUUGGAGGUAACUGAAGACCCGGGAGAUAAAGAACCUUUGCCCAAGAGAAGAGGUAGAGUAGCCAACAGCACUGAAGUUGUUUCCAGCAAAGAGAAAACUCCUGAACCUGAACCUACUCCCAAGAAGACUAGUAAAAGAACGACAAGAGGACAGAACAAGACUGCUCAGGAACCUGAUCCAGCACCUGUCCCGGGUCAAGAGUCUGUUUCAGGUACUCGUAAAGGCAGAGGUGUGAAGAAAGCAGCAGUGGCGGAUAUCUCUACUGAGGCAGCUCCUGUCAGACGCACCCGCAGGAAGUGAAGCACUGAUCUUACAGAGUGGUCUUAAUCACCCGCAGGAAGUGAAGCACUGAUCUUACAGAGUGGUCUUAAUCUUCAAGCUUGGAAAAAAGUUUUUGUUUUAUAUUUUUGGACUGUUUUGAUUAUGAUUAUUUCCUGUCUGUACCAGGUUUAUUUUUCUAUAAUUUUAGCUGAUUUUAUAUUUAGGAAAAAAAUGAGUAAUGUGUACAUUUUAUCUAGUAUUUUUGUAUACGUUUUUUUUGGUUGCAUUGCAUUUUAAGUCAGAAAACUCUUCUCAUCAAAACUCGAAGCUUUGUGGAUAUGCAGAUGUGUUAAGAUUCUCUAUUUGUGUACUGUUAACCAAAAACUUUUAUUCAUUCCGUGUUCCCUUGUCGCUUUUUUAAAUGUAUUAAAAGAAUGAAACAAGUGCUGUGUGAAAACAUUAAGCUGCCACAACUAUGAAAUGCUUUCAUUAAAAUGUCAUUGUUCACCUCAUGUUUUA